UCCCCCUGUAUAAAUAGUCCCAAACUCACACACCUGCGCUCAGACUUGCUCAUCACCUCCGUCUGUGUCGGUCCUCUUGGAAACCAGCAACCAACCCUCAGGUCAAAAUGUCAAGUAAGAUGGUGAUCCAACAGCCCAAGCCGGUCGUCAUGGUCGCAGGCUCAGACCAGUGGAACUCCAGCAUCUGUGAAUGUGAUAGCCUUCAUGAAUGCUGCUUCUCUGUGUGGUGUUUCCCCUGUUUCGCCUGCAUCACGGCGAGAGAUCACGGCGAGUGUCUCUGUCUGCCACUACUGGAUACUUUUGGUAUCAUCCCUCCAAUCACGAUGGCUAUGAGGGUCUCCAUGCGCAGGCGUUAUAAUAUUGACGACACCAUGUGUAAUGACUGUGUAUACGCCUGCUGCUGUGGGCCCUGCUCCUGGUGCCAGAUGAGGCGAGAGAUGAAGGCUCGUCUGCAUCCUGUCUCCCUGUUCUGCAACAAGUCAGGUUAAUGUACAUGUGGCCACUGCCUCCUCCUCCUCCUCAUCAUCAUCAUCAUCAUCAUUGUCUUCAUCAACAUCCUCAAUUAUUCCAGUCUUCACCAUUGGCCUCAACAUGAUAAUCAUCAUUGUUCAAAUCAAAUCAUCAUCAUCAUCAUCAUCAUCUUCAUCCCUUCCCAUCUUCAUCAUCAUCAUCAUCAUCAUCAUCAUCAUCACAUGCUGAGGACGCUUUGCAUUCUUUUCUGCUCAGGUUCACAUGUCUGUGAAUUCCACCCUUCUAAGAACUCUUAUUGACCAUCGCAUCUCAGUGAGA